CUUGGCAACGGGGGACGGACCUACAAAGUAACACUAAAGUGACUAAAAAGGCACUAGAAGUAGAAUUAACCGCGAUGCUCGACUCAGCUCUCCCCCGGCCGAAGAUCGGCAGAUUCCCCGGAAAUCAUCCAGGAACCAGGUAGAUUGUUGAAGUGAUAAGCAAAUUCCAUUCCCUUGUGUUACUGCCAAAAUUUAGAGAUAGACAAUUCCACUUAAAUACAUCACCUCACCUCACACCACCACCUCCAAUCCACACUCAUUUACUUCAUACCCUCACACACAUUGUCUUCAAUCAAUCAUUCAAGCAAUCAAUCAUGUCAUCUCCACCCACCAUGGACAUGACCUCCCUCCCCAAACCCAUAACACUCUCAACAACAGUCCACGCCUACGACCCUCUCACCCCCAAAUCCACCACCAGCAACAACAACGCACCGCAAACAAUAAUCCUCGCCUACUGGAUGAACGCCCCCCAGCGCGCCCUCACAAAAUACACCACCCAGUACCGCACCCUCUACCCCAGCGCCCGCAUCCUCACUCUCCAAAGCAGCACGGGUGACUUUAUGCGUCUCCCUUCACUCUUCACCUUCACCAGCACUACAAACGACAACAAGAAGACUACUAGUGCUCAACCCGCUCUCGACUACCUCCUCCUCCACCACCCACCCGGCACCCCCAAAGAUAAUGAGAGAAUCCACAUUCACCUCUUCUCCAACGGCGGCGUUCACACAACCACGACCCUCCUCUCAACCUACAAGUCCACCACAGGCCACACCCUCCCCCUCACCUCCCUGCUCAUUGACAGCGCACCGGGGAAGCCCUCAUUGAUCGGUGCGUUCCGCGCCUUCUCGUUCAUUCUUCCCAAGAACGUUAUUCUCAAGUGGGUGGGGAAGGUUCUGCUGGGAUGUAUGUUGCUGUUGAUGUUUGGGAUGAGGUGGGUGGUUGGUAGUGAAGAUGAGGUGAGUAAGGGGAGACGAAUGCUGAAUGAUAGGAGUGUUGUGGGGGAAAGUGUGCGACGGUGUUAUGUUUAUUCCGAGGGGGAUGGGUUAGUGGAUUGGAGGGAUGUGGAGGAGCAUGCUGUGGAGGCGGAGGGGGUAUUUGGUGGUGGUGGUGGUGCGGUGAGGAAGGAGAAGUGGGGGAGGGGUAGUGGGCAUGUUGAGCAUAUGAGGGUGGAUGGGGGGAGGUAUUGGAAGGUUGUUGGGGAGGUUGUGGAGGGGAGAUCCUAAUAGAAGAUGAUGGUUGUUGUGUGGUUAUUACUAUGGAUGAAGGGAAAGGAUGUUUACUACUGCAUAUUUGCAAUAAGAUUUAGAAAUAAGUCGACGAUCGCCGAGCGCUAUGCAUGCAACAACAAGAAAAAGAAAAAGACACAUCCAGAACCGGCUUU